AUGCUAAUUGGUGCUACUCUCUCCUAUGGAAUCCUCAACGGCGACAAACGAUAUGGAAACCCUGGGGAACCAUUCGCCCUUAGCUCAGAUUUAGGAUGGUUGGUAGUUGGUGAUAUUAGUUGGCCAACUAUAAGCAACCUUUCUCAUCAUUCUAUUGGUCCUAAUUUGCAAGAAAUUGAGGUACAGGAACGGGUCAAGAUUGCAGACGCGAAUCUCGACCAACAACUCCGCCGCUUUUGGGAGUUGGAAUCGACCGGCUCAUCCACUCCACACCCACUCACACGCGAAGAGCGACAAUGUGAAGACCAUUUCCAAGCCACCACUACUCAACAAGAUGAUGGGAGAUUCGUCGUCACACUUCCCUUCCGCACCACUCCUCCAGACUUGGGCUCAUCUCGCGACAUGGCCAUUCAGCGGCUGAAGCAGAUGGAGCGCAGACUUGCUCGUCAACCUGAACAGAAGAAAGAGUACGUCAACUUCAUGGCAGAAUAUGUCAAUCUUGGACACAUGGAAGAAAUCCCACCUGAUCAGAUUCCUCUUCCAAAUUCCUACUACAUUCCACACCAUUUCGUCACCAAAGAAAGCAGCACCACCACCAAAUUUCGUGUGGUCUUCGACGCCUCGGCGAAGACAACUAAUGGCAAGUCACUGAACGACAAUCUCAUGGUUGGUGCCCAAAUCCAAGAUUCCCUAUUCGACAUAUUGCUCCGCUUUCGUACCCACAAAUACGCCUUCACUGCCGACGUGGCAAAAAUGUUUCGACAAAUCUUGGUGGCCCCACAAGAUUGCGACUAUCAACGCAUUGUGUGGAGAACCGACCCAUCUCAGCCUAUUAAGGACUACCGUCUUCUCACUGUGACUUACGGAACAGCGCCAGCCCCACAUCUUGCAAAAAUGUCUCUACAACAAUUAGCCCGUAAUGAGAAAGAAACCCUACCACUUGCUUCAAGAUCUGCUCUUAAUGACUUCUACAUGGAUGAUGAUAUGUCUGGUGCCGAUACAGUCCCUGAGGCACUCGAACUUCAACGUCAAACUCUCUGCCUGGUUGCAAAAGCGCAGUGGAAAGUAUGCAAAUUCUCCUCAAAUUGUCCCGAACUCAUCAAUGCUCUACCCAUGGAAUUACGUGAAACAAAGUCACUCUUUCCAGUGGAAUUCUCUCAAACUGUGAAAACUUUGGGAAUAUUUUGGCAGCCUGAAUCAGACCACUUCCUCUUCAAACUCGAUCACGAUGCAACUCCCUUCAAAGGCUCCCUCACCAAGCGCGCAAUCCUCUCUGAAAUUGCCAAAAUCUUCGAUCCAAUCGGCUGGCUCGCCCCGGUGGUUAUCCCUGCAAAGAUAACCAUGCAACUACUAUGGAAGUUGAAAUCUGGAUGGGACGAACCUGUGCCAGCUCAACUUCACCACCAAUGGACACAGCACCGCUCCGACCUCAAGCACAUCGAAUCCCUACAAAUUCCUCGCUGUGUCAAACCCACUACAAAUUGCAAAAUUGCCCUCGUCGGAUUCUGCGACGCCUCCGAGAAGGCUUAUGCAGCCGUCGUCUACCUAUGCAUUUACCCCGAAGACUCCUCUCCUCCGCUCGUCUCCAUUCUCGCUACAAAAACUCGUGUCGCUCCCACUCGGACCGUGUCCCUCCCUCGCCUCGAGCUGUGUGGUGCAGUACUGCUCUCCCACCUAAUGGAGACGGUGCAACAAGCACUCCAGCUACCUCUACACCACAUUAGUGCCUGGACAGAUUCCAUGGUCACUUUAGCCUGGAUUCAACAACAUCCAUCUAAAUGGAACCGUUUUGUGGCCAACAGGGUCACCGAGAUCCAGGAUCGCGUACCUUCGAACCAAUGGGGACACGUUCCGGGAGUUGACAAUCCUGCGGACUGCGCAUCCAGAGGCCUGGACCCUUCUACGUUUAUCCAUUUCUCACUUUGGUGGAAUGGACCCACUUUUCUUCGAAACGGGGUCCCAACUCUGGCUCUGCCUCAUCUCGUCAUCGACCCCACCAUCGACCAAGAAGAGCGGAGAGAAGUCGUCUGUCACAAGAUACAAAAUCAUCCAUGGAACAAUCUCCUCCAAGAAUGUUCGUCACUUGCUUCGUUGACCCGAAUUACAGCGUGGAUUCUGCGGUUUGCAACCAAUGCAAAAAUUCCCUUAUCCCACAAACAAGAAAGAAAUAAGUCCCACCUCACAAGCACAGAGCUUAACAAUGCCCUCAUCUUCUGGGUGAAAAUUGUCCAACAACAAUUCCGAGAUACGAGCACUACAAUCCACCCAGCCAAAAUUGGACCCCAAGAGCUCGCUUCUUCCUCUCAACCCAUUUUUGGAUGA